AUGGCCAAGAGCACCACAUGUCAACUCGCUGUGAAUGCACCAGUGACGCCGAUGUCCCAUGAUACUGGCAGGAAUCCGGAUCUUAUUCCCGAGAAAUUUCGUAGGGGACUUGAUCCUGAAUGGAUCGAGCUGUGGAGUUCGCAUGGCUCAAAAGUAAUACCUGCCAGUACGGUCACAAUCAAGGAGUUUCGAAAGGACCCACAGAAGUACAGCUUCACAUAUCCAACAUGGCGAGGUCCAGAAGUUCAUCAAGUCCAAGAUAUAGCGGUGCCUGUAUCAUUCCCUCGAGGAGAGAUCACAUGUAGGAUUUACACUCCAGAGGGUGCGGGACCAUUUCCUGUUCACGCAAAUAUGCACGGAGGAGGCUGGGUUCUUAGAGGCCUUACUAGCGAGCAGAGCUGGUGUCGUCAGGUCUGCAACAACGUCGGUAUGGUGGUCGUUGACAAAGGAUAUCGACUUGCACCAGAAUUACCAUUUCCGACAGAUAUAUAUGACUGCUGGGACGUCAUAAAAUGGAUCAUCGAUCAAGCAAAGACGUUGAAUAUCAAGCCCAGUAGCAUUUCCAUUGGAGGUUUAUCAGCUGGUGGCCACAUGGCGGCCGUGCUGUCGCAUUUUGCACGAGACGAGGGGUUACGGCUAAAAUUACAGCUUCUAACCGUCCCUGCUACUGACAUGCGUUAUUGUCCGUUAGAACCUGAUGGAGAGGUAACUUCCGACUACCAGAGUGUAGUGGAUCUUGCAGACAUGCCAUGGGGUCCACUGGCACGGGAGUCGUGGUUCCUGAAUUACUUCAUCGGCGAAGAUCCAGUUAUGCGGACACAGCGCCUCAAUGACUGGAGGAUGACUCCAGUGUUGGCUCCCAAUUUCUCGAACCUGGCCCCAGCCCUGAUCAUCACAGCUGAAUUUGACGUAGAGCGAGACGAGGGUGAAUACUAUGGCCGCUUGCUUCAGGAGGCGGGUAACCAUGUGGUCGUGAGACGUUUCACGGGUGUCCCGCACGCAUUCGCCCAUUACAACUGCCCAGAGAGAGGACUAUCUAAAGCCCGGCAGUAUGUCGAUUAUACCUGCUUGAUGCUCCGGCAGGCGCAUUUGGACCAUCAUAGCGGAUAG